GCUUCUUCCGUGUUCUUCUGCUUUCGACCGGCCGACACAAAAGAAGCAGCGAGAAUGUCACAUCAAACCGGUAUCCAAGCCACGGCAGAAGUGAAAGACAUCUUCGCGAAGGCACGGAACGGAGAGUAUCGCUUGAUUAAAAUAGUGAUUGAAAAUGAGCGGCUUGUUCUGGGAGACUUCAAACCUGCGGUCAAGAAAUGGGACCAGGAAUGGGACAGCUACGUCUUGCCUCUCUUGGAGGAUGGUAUGCCCUCGUACCUUCUCUUCAGGCUAGACACCACCAAUAAUCAGGGCUACGAGUGGAUCUUCUUGGCCUGGUCCCCAGACCACUCCCCUGUUCGUCAGAAGAUGCUAUAUGCUGCCACUCGGGCUACACUGAAGAAAGAAUUUGGCGGUGGGCACAUAAAAGAGGAGAUCUUUGGCACUGCAAAGGAUGAUGUAUCUCUAAACGGGUAUAAAAGGUACCUGGUCUCCCUGGCUGCCCCACUCCCACUGACUGCAGCUGAAGAGGAGCUAAGGCACAUCAAUGAGGCGCAGACAGAGAUCCAUGUGGACACGAAGCAACAGACUCUGCAAGGUGUAGCCUUCCCCAUGCAGAGAGAAGCCAUUGAGGCCCUGGAGCACUUCAGAGCGAAAAGGAUCAACUAUGUUCAACUUGAAAUAGAUUUCCCCAAGGAAUCCAUCAAGUUGUCCAGCACAACCCCCACAGAAGUGAGGGACCUGCCCAAAAGGAUUCCUAAAGAUGCGGCCCGUUAUCACUUCUUUCUCUACAAACACACACACGAGGGAGAUUUUCUGGAGUCCACGGUGUUUAUCUACUCGAUGCCUGGUUACAAAUGCAGCAUUCGGGAGAGGAUGUUGUACUCCAGCUGCAAAUCCCCCCUCAUAAACACAGUGGAAAAGAACCUGCAUGUUGAAAUUGCCAAGAAGCUGGAAAUUGACAAUGGAGAUGAACUCACCAGUGAGUACCUGUAUGAAGAGUUACACCCCAAGCAGCACGCACACAAACAAAUCUUCUCUAAACCCAAGGGUCCAACCGGUAAAAGGGGAGGACGCAGGAUCAUGCGUGCACCCAGGGAUGCAGAUGAUGACGAUUAGUGUAACAAUGGUGUGAUCUUCCUAGCGUGAUCUUCCUUGUUGUUAAGAUCUCCCUUGAAACCCUGUAGCCCAUGUCUCAAUAAACAUAUCUAUGCACGAAGGAAAACACUAACAUAGGAUGCAGGCCUGCAGAGCAAUCAGCUGCAUAUGAGGACAUCAUCUGUAAUGACAAUACGCACAGAAUUAACAUUAUUGCACUGUUUACUUGGCAUACUAAAACCACAUACUAAAACCUGCCUUUGGAGAAAAAGCUUAGCGAAUGGAGUGUAGGACUGAAUGGAGUAUGAGUUUUAAGACACUAGCUUAGUGCAAUUAUUCAAGCCUUGGGAUAACUGAAAGGUCAGUUCUUUUCUCUCAUUUGUUUGGGUCUUAUUGAGUAUCUCCCUCACUGAUCAGCAUGUUUAGUGUUCAGGUUGAAAUCUGAUGACCAGAUGAUUCUUGUGAGUUAUCAGUAAGCGAGAUAAUCAAUAAUGGCCAGGCAGCCAAUGCAGCCUUUCUGUGAGAUCAGGUUGUUUUAAUGAAGGAUUUGUUGAGUGUAACGAAUGAUGAGGAGAAAACAUUUUAAAAAUCUGCUUUUGUGAUAUGUACUGUAGAGUGCUAUGAUAAGGAAAUUUUCUAAAGAAACCAUUUUUGUUAUAAGAAAUCUGAAUAAGUGAUGCCGUCUGCAUCAAAAUUAUUUUUUAACAUUCUUUAGUGAUAGAAAUGCUAUUUUUCUAAGGCUGGUACAUCUGGAUCAUUUUGUUUAAAAUUUUGAAUCAAGAGUCCUCUGUCUCAAAUAAUAUUUCACAUGUUGCGCAAUGGAUGGCCUAUCUACCACAGCAUUCAUUUCCACAUAAUUUAUGCAAUGGAUCAAGCUCAUCAUAGCAUUUAUGAAGUUACCAUUGAACUCUCUCAGAAGGGAAGGUACUACAAAUUCUUGAGUUCAGAGAAAAGAUCUAGAGAACAGGCAGAUCACUAUUUACAUUUUUCCUGUACCAGUGUGAUAUGAAGGCUCAAGUGAAAUCAAUGUAGUUUAAUGUAAACUCUUCAUUUUUUUUAAAAAAACAAAACAACAUGUAUAAUAGAGGGAAAUUAAAAUAUUGAAAUCAUA